AUGCGCACCUCUCUCAAGCAAGUUUUGGCUGCCGGGUGUCUGGCGGCCACGGCUUCGGCCGUGACGCCCAUCUCUGAUUCGGACAUGAACCAGAUGCUGAACGAGGGAGGAGUCAGUCUUGCCAUGAGGGCUCAGCCAAUGUUCUUCUUUGGACAGGCAAUGAACCACCCCCCUUGUAUCCCCACGUUUGCAACCUCUCCGGAUGGAAACCAAGUCCCAUCUUCGAAGCUCUGCGACUGGCCAGAUGUUGGAUGUGACUGUCGAAACCCAGGUGUUGGCAUCGGCAACCCCAGUCCUUCAUUUCCCAUCUAUUACAGUUACAAAAAAUGCUCUGAUACCUCGGUGAGAGUCGUCUACAACUUGUUCUACACAAAGGAUGGCAACAACCCGGACAAGGUCUUCGGACACCCCUACGACUGGGAACGCGUUAUAGUUGUCUUCACAAAGGCCACUGAUGGGAAGUGGCGGCCGGACCAGUUGUUCCUCUCUCAACACAGCGGCUACGGUCGUUUGCAGUGGGCGAAGAUACACAAUACGAUAAACACUAAAGACGCAACCAAACCUCGCGGCGGUGACGACAGAAGACGGUACCUCGAUCAUCCCAAGGUCUACGUUGAGUGGAGCAAGCACGCUCAUCGCGACACACGAAAUACGGGUUGGAGCAAUCCUUUGUCCCAGCUCACGGACGACGCUUUCCGGUCCAACGACUGGUGGUACUUUCCCAAACGAGGUAAGGAAUCCUGGCGCAUCUUCUCUUCCAAGUCCUUUCUCUGA